CCAAACAUAUUACAUUUUUUUGUUUAACGCGAUUAUUAAGUUUUCAGUUUCGAUGGCAGCUUCAAGAAUGCUGAGAUUAGUACCUUCAGAGAGUGCUCUUUUAGUUUGUGACAUGCAAGACAAAUUCAGAAACCAUAUUCAAUACUUUCCCCAAAUCGUAGAAGUAACACGGCGAAUGAUUGAGGCUGCAAAAUUGCUGGACAUUAAGAUUGUUGCGACGGAGCAGAAUCCAAAUGGUCUGGGUCACACUGUAGCUGAACUUGGUCUGCAUAAACACAAUGUUCCAGUAUUCACUAAAACCAAGUUUUCAAUGUGUGCUCCAGAUCUUCGCAAUGAGCUUGGUACUGGCAUCAAAUCCGUUCUUAUAUGUGGAAUAGAAGCGCAUGUUUGCGUCUAUCAUACGGCAAUCGAUUUCCAGGAGAAAGGUUUCAAUGUGCAUGUUCUUGUUGAUGGCUCUUCAAGUCGUUCAAUGGUUGACAGAAUCUACGCAUAUAAGCAAUUAGAAAGAGCUGGAAUUAAUCUGAGUACUAGUGAAUGUGUAAUACUUGGCCUUGUUGGUGAUAGUGUCCAUGGAAAGUUCAAGGCUGUGCAAAGAUUAAUAAAAGAAAGUGCACCUGACACGGGACUUUUGGCGAAUAUUUCUCAUGUUUGAAUAAUUCAAAGACUGAAGUGAGAUUCGGGCGAUGACGUCCAAAAUUGUCAAACAAAUAGUAUUUUUUCACUUAUUGAUAAAAAAUUAAAAUAUUUGACAUUGUCUAGAAUUUUAAAAUAAAAUUACAUAUUUCUUUUGAUAUAUAUUUUCUAAUGAUUCGUCUUUUGAUAUAUCUUGUCGUUGAUUUUGGUCUUUUCGGUACAUCACACUGCAGCAAGCGCAAAUUUUAUAGAAAAUUUUUGUUUUAACUUGAUUUGGAAAAAGGUAGCAACCGAACUGGAUUAGGAGAAAUGCGGAGUGUUGGAUGGAAAAGGUAUUUGAGCUUUUUAGAUAGAGUUUUUCAGACUUUUGAUGUAUUUAGAUAGUCCAAUUAUUGUGCUUUAUGUUUCAUGCCUCGUUAUUCCUUCCAAUUUAAAUUUUGGCAGUCUAUUUACGAAAAAUGACAAUUUAUC